AUGAGUAUAUCAUUACUAUUUAUAAUAAUUCUUGUUGUAUAUUCACGUCCUAUAAAACCACCACGUUUAGGUGAUGGUUUUAUUCAAAGAGGAAAUCAUUAUGAAUAUGGAACUAACAACAAAUUGAAAGGUGAUAAUGGUGAAACAGAAUUACAAUAUUCUGUUGAUAUAAAACCAAAUGUUCAUUCAUUUGAUUUUGAUGAAUCAAUAGAAAGUGUUGAAUGUCAAGGAGAUGAUUUGAUUGUUUCAACAAACAAUAAAUAUAUUGAAACAUGGAGUAAUAAUUCACUUGUUACAGGGUCUAAUGAAAUGUGGAAAACUUCAUGUACAUUAAAUAGAAGAAUAUUGAAUAUUGAAUUAAUGUAUGAAAAAGAUGGAUUAUAUUAUUAUUUACUUAGAACAGAGAAAGUGUCAUUUAAUGAAUAUUUUAAUGAGGCAAAAUUAAUUUAUAAUCCAAAGAAUAAUGGAGGAUAUAAUAAAGAAAAUAAAAUAAAAGGAUUUAGAAAAGUACAUUUCAAAGAAGAAAGUAAUAUUGAUGCAUCAACAGUUAAAAUAAGUUCAAUUUCAACAGAAGUAGUACAAAGAAGUGAAUAUAUCGAAGUGAAAACAACAGAAAAAACAUUGCCAUUCAAUAUUGAAACACCAAUUGGUGUUAUAAAUGUUGUACAUGAUGAUUAUUAUUGUAUAAGUUAUAGUCUUAUUAAAGGAAGUGAAGAUAUUGAAGGGGAGAUGAUCUUUGAGGUUUAUCCUAAUGAAAAACCAAUAACAAAUAUAAAGUUUACAAAUUCAUUCAUAAAUUUUUAUAAAAACAUAUAUGAACGACAUAAAACAUAUAUCCUCAAAGAUAAUAAAUAUUCAGUUGGUGAAAUAUAUACUAAGUGUAUUAAAAUAGAUAAUACAUAUAAAGAAAAUAAAAGUUACACAGUUAAAAUGAAGAUGGAAGGAUAUAAAGAAAAAGAAGGACCAAUGUUUUAUGUUGAGAAAGAUGAAUCUCUUAUUGUAACAACACCCAUAGAAGGAGAAUUUAUAGAUUAUACAAAAACAAAAGAGAUUUUAGUUAAAUGGGAAUACACAAAUGCAUUUAAAUAUACACAAGGAGUAAAAAUGAAAUUAAAAAUGAAUAGAUUCGGAAUUGAUAAAACGAUUGGAGAGAGUCAACAAAUAAACAAAUUUUCCAAUAAAGAACAAAAAUUCAUAAUAGAUGAUAAACAUAAUAUUAGAAGUAGUUCAUCAUAUUAUAUUGAAAUGAGAUAUAAUUGUUGGAAUGUUCCAGUUAUUGGGGGAUGGUGUUCAACAAAAAGAUCAAAUUUAUUUACAAUUAGUAAUGAAGAAGUUAAAGGAGAAAUAGAAAUUAAAACACCAACAUUAGGACAAACAUUUAAAACGGGAGAAGAAAUUGUAGUAACAUGGGAAUAUUCAGGGGAUAAUAGUAACAAAGAAAUUACUAUAGAAUUAAAAAAGAAUAGAAGAAGUAGUAUAUAUAAUAUAAAAAGAGUUAAAGCAAGCGAGAAACAAAUCAAAAUAAGAGUACCAGAAGUAAAAGAAGAUACAAAAUAUUUUAUUGAAAUUGAAUAUCAAAAAGGAAAUGAUAAACAAUAUUCAUAUUCUGAUUUCUUUUAUAUUAAUAGUGAAAAAGUAAUAGAAUUUGAUGAUGAUAUUAAAUAUGAUAAUGAUAAGAAACAAUUAUCAUUUAAAUUUAAAACACUAAAACAUCAAAAAUUAGAUAAAUCAUAUAUUACAAUUAAAGAAGAUUAUCCAUUAUUUUUAAGAUAUAAUAAACAAAUAAAUGAUAAAAAAUAUAAUAUUGAAACAAUGACAAUAGUUGAUAAGAAAGACUAUUAUGAAUAUUCAAUGAUUAUUAAUGAUUUUAUUGACAAUUCAAUCUUUUAUUUAUAUUUAAGUUAUAAUUAUAAAUGUAAAAUUAAUGAAGAAUCGUGUAAAUCACAAUAUUCAAAACGAUUUUCAAUUCCAUAUGAGAAAAAUAUUGGAUGGAAUAUUAAAGAAGAUGGGAAUAUAAAAGAAAAAGAAAUAAAUAUUAUGAAUGCUGAUUGUUCAAUAUGUCCUACAAAUAAUACAUAUAUUAAAAAACAAUUCUGUAGAUUAUGUGAUAUAUUAAAAAAUAAUAGUAUACCAAUUUAUAAUAGUACAAUAACAACAACAUGUGAAGAUUGUUAUGUAGUUAAUAAUUUUAAAAUUGGACCUAUUCUAUUUGAAAUUGGAUUUCAAAAUCCAUAUAAAUUUGAAGCACAAAUAAAUGGACAUUUAGAUUUGCAAUUUAAUUUUAAGAAUAAAUUAAAUGGUAUAAUGAAUUUUCAACGCACUUUUGAUAUUCCUAAAAUAUCAUUAAAAAAUAUUUUAACAAUUAUACUUGGUAAAAUUCCAUUUGAAUUUGAUGCAUCUAUUGACUCUGGAAUUACAUUUGAUUUUCAAAUAACAGGAUCAGCUAAUCUUGAUACAACAAUCAAAAAAGAAUUAGAAUAUACAUUAUAUAUUUCAUAUCCAAAUAUAAAUACCAAUGAUGGUACUUAUAUUUGUGAUUAUGCACAACUAAAGAUAGAAGAUACAAAAGAAGAUAAAAUAUUUAAACCAACACCUUGUAUACAUGAUACAGAAUUAAAUUUAACAAUUACACCAUAUGUUGGAAUGUCAUUUUCAACAUCAAUAUUUGAUAUAACUCCAAAACUAGAAUUUCCACUAAUCAAUUUAGUUAAAUACAGUGAAAUACCAUUCAUAGGAACAAAUGAUAAAACUCUAGCAAAAUAUGUAUAUGGAUUAGAAAAUGAUCAUUACAUGGAAUAUACACUUGAUAUUUAUGGAAAAUGUAAUUUAGGAUAUAAAAUAAAAUUAGUAAUUAGUAAUACACAAAAUGAAAAAAGAUUUAAAAUAUUUGGACCAAUAAAAGCAGUUAGAAUUGGAUUUCUUGAUAUUGAAACAGUUAAGAAAACAAGAAAAAUCCCAUUAAAAAUAACAACAGAUAUGAUAAAAGAAUAUGAAGAUGAAACAAAAGAAAUUAUUAAAUUAAUGAUAGAAGAUAUUAUCAAAUAUAUUGAAGAGACGAAAUUAAUAAGAAUAGAAAGUAAUGAAUAUUUUAUCAAUGAUACUAAACAAACAAUUAUAACAACAAAUGAUCAAUAUGCAAUAAUUGAUAUAGCGAUUAAAGAAGAGUUAAUAAGUAUAGAAGAUAUAAAACAAAUAUGUGAUAUAUUAAAAGAAACAAACCAAUUUGACAGUAAAUAUGUAUAUCUUAAAGCAUAUUCACAUUAUAUUAAAGGAUGUAGUAAUAUUACACUUGAAAAUGAAGAAAAUGAAGAAACAAUAAAUUCAAAAUGUGAAAAAUAUGAACAUUGUUCAUUAUGUUCAAGUUCCGAAUGUUUGAAAUGUGAAAAAGGAUAUGGAAUAGAUGAAGAAGGAAAAUGUAAAGAUGUAGAAUGUAACAAUUUCAAAGGAUGUUCAAAAUGUACAGUAACUGAAUGUUUAGAAUGUAGUAAUGGGAAAGAUACAUUUAAUAAUAAAUGUUUGAUAGAAGAAUGUGAACAAUUCAAUGGAUGUAUCGAAUGUACAACAACAGAAUGUUCAAAAUGCAAUAAAGGAUAUGAAAUGAUACAUGGAGAAUGUAAAAGAAAAGAAUGUUCAAUGUUUGAAAAAUGUGUAUUUUGUAAUAAUGAAGAAUGUUUAGAAUGUGAAGAAACAAGUGAACUUAUUGAUGGAGCAUGUAAAAUUGAUACAUGUGAUAAAUUUGAAUAUUGUUCAGAAUGUACUGAUAAAAAAUGUAUUAAAUGUAAAGAAACAUAUACAAUAAAUGAAAAAGGAAUAUGUGAAUUAAAUAAAUGUACAGAAAUAAUGAAUUGUAAUAAAUGUUCAGAAGGACAAUGUUAUGAAUGUUUAGAUAAAUUAGAAAUGAUUAAUGGAAUAUGUUAUCCAACAACAUGUUCUAGUUUUGAUAAAUGUUUUAGAUGUGAUGAUAAGAAAUGUAUUCAAUGUGUUGAUGGUACAAUAACAAGUGAUGGUAUAUGUAGAAAAGAAGAAAUGGAUAAAGAAAGUAUAUAUUGUUUAAUGCCAAAUUAUCUAUUUGUAGAAAAAGAAGUUGGAAAUUGUACAACAAAUUCAGAUAAGUCUUCAGAUAUGGUUGUUUUUAAUGGAAAAGAAUAUUUAAAUUUACAUUAUCCAUCCUCACCAGACUGUGGAAUAAAUGGAGAUACAUUUACAGUUAUAACAAAAAUUUCAUUGUGUGUUAAAAACAUAAAUAAAAUUAAUAGUAAAGGAUAUAUUUAUAAAGAUAAUCUUUGUGGGAAAAAUGAAAAAAUAAGUUCAAUACUUACAAGUUCUGGAUGUAUUUCAUAUGACGAUGGAAGUAUUAAAUCAACAAUUACAACAAAUGAAUUAAUAAUUGAAAUAUUUAAUGAAAAAAAUUGUAAUGGAAAUAAUAACAAAUAUUCAUAUAAUCUUGAUGAAUGUUUUGAAGAUGAAUAUAACAAUGGAUAUAAAAUUAUUACAGGUGAAGAAUAUGAAUGUUCUACAUAUGGAGAAUGUUUAAAAUGUAAUGAGACUGAAUGUAGUAAAUGUGGUAAUAAAUAUACAUUAACAUCAGGAAAGUGUUAUUUCAACUGUGAAGAAUAUCAACACUGUUCAGAGUGUGAUGAUAUGAAAUGCAAUAGAUGUAAAGAAGGAUAUGAAAUGAAAUAUGGAGAAUGUGAAGAAAGUCAUGUUAGUGGUUCAAUAUCUAAGAUGAUAAUAUCUCUUAUCACCAUUUUAACUUUCCUAAUCUAA